AUGAUUGAGAUAACGGCUGCGAAUUACAUCAUUGCCUGGGUACUGCUGCAAAAACGGUAUGAAAACAAAAAGCUUAUUGUAAAAUCUCAUAUCGACGCUCUUUUUGCUGUAGAACCGUUGAAACAGGAGAACCACGAAUCUCUUUGCCAUCUUAUCAGCGAGUAUGAACGUUAUCUCCAAAUGCUGGACAAAAUCGUUUUGCUAUCGACAACGCUAGUGCGCGUGUCGGACAAGGAUGAAAAUGCCCAGCUAGCAAGAGUUCUUCUGGAUUCAUGCUCGAAAUACUGUUUCGUCACGACAAGCCUUGCUCAAGUUAACAUCCAGAAACUUGCCAUUCCCUAUUGGGUCAAUUUGGCGGAUCCGGAUUUCCAUGAGCCAGGUCCGACUGAAAUCAUCAUUGGCGCGGAGUAUUAUUAUGACCUGCAUUUGGAGGACAAAAUGAAGAUUACCGACGACUGCCCAAUGCUACAGCGCACGGUGUUUAGUUUUUCGGAGUUGGAGUCGUGCAAUAAUUUCAGUACGCUAUCUGUUGAAGGGACGGUAUGCGAAGAGCACUUCGAGAAGACGACGCUACGCGACACUGAGGGACGGUUCGUCGUAACGCUACCUAAAAUAGAACACCACGCCAUCGCACUGAAACGGCUUCACGGGAUGGAGAGACGGUUCGCAGUGAAUGGCCAGCUGAAAGCACUCUACGUAGAAUUUGUUCAAGAAUAUCUCGCGAUGAACCACAUGCGUCAGGUCGACGACGAAGACACCGCAAAACCAUCGUAUUAUUUACCACAUAGUGCUGUGCUCAAACCGGACAGCACGACAACAAAGUUGCGAGUCAUGUUCGACGCGUCUUGCCGCUCAACGACGCGAGUAUCCUUAAACGAUGGACUAAUGGUUGGACCGGUAGUACAGGAUGACUCGCGGAUGGCGCUCGCAUCUUCGACCCAUUCGUGCUCAUCGGUCCGGUCACAGUUCAGACAAAAAUAUUUCUGCAGCAGCUCUGGAAACAUAAAUUAG